AUUCUCAAUGGCAGCUCUGGCAUAGUUGGUAUCAGUGAGCAGUGCUGUGAACAAAUUGGACUCACAUACACCCUGAUAAAAGGCUGGCAAAUGGAGUCCGUGAAUGGAUUGGUUGAUCAGCUGCUUGGACACAUUCCAAAUUUAUGCAUUGGUGUCUCCGGCCUCAACUUCCAUGUCCAGGCAUUUGUACUCCCCAAUCUGCCUUUCCACCUGCUCCUUGGUCGCCCCUUCCAUGUCCAUGCCUCUUGUGUCAUGCAGGAUUAUAUGGAUGGCAAACAGAAGAUCCAGAUCACCUGUCCAAAUUCC